AUGUCUUCAUCAACUACUGUCUUUGUUUCUGGCGCUACUGGUUAUAUUGCCCAACAUAUUGUCAAAGAAUUAUUAACCAAUGGCUAUAAAGUGAUCGGUUCUGCCAGAUCUGAAGCAAAAGGUAAAGAUCUCAAAGAUUUGGUGAAUUCUGAGAAUUUCAGCUACGUCGUUAUUCCUGAUAUCAGUGUUGUUGAUGCAUUUGAUCAAGCAUUGAAAGACCACCCAGAGAUAACUGUUUUCAUUCAUGCUGCUUCUCCGGUCGUAUUUGAUACUACUGAUCCAAAGAAGGAUGUUCUUGAUCCAGCUAUUGAAGGAACUAAGAAUGUUUUGAAUGCAAUUAAUCAAUACGGUACCAAUGUUUCUAGACUUGUUGUUACAUCAUCUACUGCUGCUAUCCUUCCUGGUUUAGACUUUGUUAAAGAUAAGGUCUUUACCGAGGAUGAUUGGAAUCCAUGUACCAUUGAAAUUGGUAUAAGCGAACCUUCAAAAUCUUAUUUUGUAUCCAAGACAUUUGCUGAAAAAGCUGUUUGGGAAUUUGUCAAGGCCCAAGAACCACAUUUUCAAGUUUCAGUAGUUAACCCAUCUAUUGUCUUUGGUCCACAAGCUUAUGAAAUUAAAGAUAAAUCUAAGUUGAACUCUCUGUCAGAGAUUCUUGCUGGAAUUUUUAGAUUAAAAGCUGAUGACCAAUUUCCGCAAUUGGCUGGUGCUCUGGUUGAUGUUCGUGAUGUUGCCAAAGCUCAUUUAGUCGGCUUUGAAAAAGAUGAAGCAAUCAAUAAAAGAUUGCUUUUAUCAAAUGAAUUAUUUACUCCUGACUUGGCUGCUCAUAUUAUUAAGAAGAACUUCCCAGAUUACCAAGGUCCUUCCGGUGACUUGACCAGAAGCGAUCAAAUCAUUGAAAACGCUGUUUCUAAAAUUGAUUCUUCUAGAACUAAUAAAAUCCUUGGUUUUGAAUUGAUUUCUUUGGAAGAGUCUGUUAUUGAUGCUUAUAAACAAUUCAUUGGUGCCUAA